AUGUCUGUUUUGAAUGAUGAGUGUGCAUAAAUGUAUGUUAAUUAAAUAAUAAUUAGUGAUAUUUGCAAUUUUAAAACGAGGAAUUUUGAUUCCGUUUUUGGCAUUAAUAAAUUAAUUAUGAGAACUCUUGUUGCCCUUUGCUUAGUGGCUGCCGUCUUCGCUAUUGACACAAACAAAUUUGCUGUGCUCCUCCAAACUGGUACUAGAGGAAAUGAUGCUGUUGAAUCAGUUUACAACCUCUUGAGAGAUUUGAAGACAGAAAAUGUUAAUGUCUAAGCUGCUGCCGACAAAAAGAAUAACACUGAUGAGGGUAUAAUAUAAAUUAAACAAUAGAAAUCUUUUCUUAGGUCAUUGGUGACUUGACAAAUGUUGCCUCCCUCAACAAAUAACAAUGGGAAGCAUUAGGUGCUGUUCGUACUGAUGUUGAAGCCCAAGUCAGAGUAUGCUAUUUCCCCUUAAAAUUUAGGAUGGAUAUUCAUGGUUGGCAUGGGCCGAAGCAAGACUUGCUGAAAUCGAAAGAAGAAAUGCUUAACUUUAAGACUAAAGAUGUUGGGCCAAUGGACUCUUUGUCA